AUGCCGCUGGACGGCAUCAAAAACAUUGUCCUGGUCCUAUCUGGCAAAGGUGGCGUAGGAAAAUCCUCCGUGACCCUGCAACUGGCACUAGCCCUUACCCUCCAGGGGCGAUCGGUGGGCAUUCUCGAUGUCGACCUGACAGGUCCCUCCAUACCGCGCCUGGUCGGCAAGGAAGAUGCGAAAAUCACUCAGGCGCCUGGUGGCUGGGUGCCCGUUUUGGUCCAUCCUGCUGCCCCUGGCCCUGCUUCUACCUCUGAUAACUCCUCCGUCGCAUCGCCACACCCUCCAUCCUCCGCUGUCGGCGCUGGCGCUGGCGCCACUACAGAUACAGAUACAGUUACGGAUAUAAGCACAGGGCCGUCGCAGCCUUCCACAGCAACAAUAAUAAAUACAGAUACAAAUACAAAUAGAAGCACAAGCGCACAACAACCACCCUCUUCCCAAUCUCCUCCUACCCAAUCGACCCCACGAGGCUCCCUCCGCUGCAUAUCCCUAGGCUUCCUCCUCCACGACCGCGGCGACGCUGUAAUCUGGCGCGGCCCCAAAAAGACAGCAAUGAUCCGACAAUUCCUCACUGACGUUCUAUGGGGUGAGACCGAUUACCUACUCAUCGACACGCCGCCUGGAACCAGCGACGAACACAUCGCGCUCGCAGAGCAAUUACUCACAAUAGCAUCCACGACAUCUACAAAUUCCUCACAGCAGCAGCAGCAGAGGAGCCAACCGCUCCUCACCGGCGCCAUCCUCGUAACGACACCACAAGCCAUCUCGACCGCAGACGUGCGGAAGGAACUCAACUUCUGCGCCAAGACGUGCAUUCCUGUCAUUGGCGUUGUGGAAAAUAUGUCCGGCUACUCGUGUCCAUGCUGUGGCGAGGUGACGAAUGUGUUUUCUAGUGGCGGGGGGAGGGCUAUGGCGGAGGAGAUGGGGGUGAGGUUUUUAGGGGCUGUGCCGAUUGAUGUUGGGUUUGGGGAGAUGGUGGAGGGGGUUGGUGGGAGGGGCGAGGGAGAGGCCGAUGGCGUGGUUCGGAAUGGGAUUGGGGGUGGGAAUGCGGGCGAGCGUGAGGGUGGAGAGUUGUUAGUGGAGAGGUAUCGGAAGUGUUGGUCGAGACCUCUGUUCGAGGAGUUUGCGAAGACGAUUAUUCAGGAGGCGGAGCGGAGCGGGGAGUGA